AUGGUUGCUGAAAAGGAAAAGGAAAUAGGUAGAUUGAAGGAGUUUGUCGAGGCAGAGAAGAGAAGGUAUGAUUCUGAGAGGAAGAAAGGCGAUGAAAUGUCUCAGCAGUUAGAAGACGAUAAGAAGACAAUUGAGGAUUUCAAACAGAAGAUCAUUGAACUCUCACCCUUGACAAAGCAUGUUGAAAUGGCUACUCACAACAAGGUUAAAGCUGAAAGUACAAAAAUGAUGCUUUUGAAAAACAAACUAAAGCUUGAAAAGCCACCAGCAAAGCACACCAGACCAAAAAUAUAUGUUGGAAGCAAGCCGCUGGAAUAUCUAGGCCAUAUCAUUUUCCAGCAAGGGGUGGCAGCAAACCUAAAGAAGGUAGAGGCCAUGGAGAAGUGUCCAAUUCCAAAAAAUCCCAAGGCUUUACAAGGAUUUUUGGGCUUCAUGGGCUAUUACAAACGUUUUGUACAACGAUAUGGUAAGAUUGUUAAACCACCCACACAAUUAUUAUUUAAAGAUGGCUUUCAUUGGACAAUAGAGGCUCAACAUGCUUUUGAGGCCUUGAAGAAGGUUGUUUCUCAACUACUAGUUUUGGCAGUUAUUGAUUUUUCUAAAUCAUUUACUCUAGAAACGGAUGCUUCUAGCAAAAGGUCUAAGGCUGCCUAA